UGCCGAAUCAGAAGUGGUGUUAAUCAUACCAGGCAACUUCCCAGUAAAAGAAAAUUUUAAUAGAAUUCUUCAAAAGAAAUCACAUUACUUUAAUUCAAUUUGGUUUUACUUAUUGAAGUAAAAGCUGUGCAUAAAAGCGACUGCCUUUUUAACCAUCCCUCUGCAAAUCCUUCAGAGUCUGUAUAUAAAUAUAGUUAUAUAUGCAUUUAUACACAAAGACACUCUCCGUUUCUCCAUCAAACAGCAUCCCAGGUUUUGAUAUCAAGCAAAAGCAAUUUAGGAAACCAGCAUAAAAGCCAGUCAUGAAGGUAGUCAUCCUCAUUGUCACUUCAGUUUUUCUCUUCAGUUCCAUCUCUGCUCGAAAGGAAGGAGAUACAUGUGUAGCAGAUGGGAACUGUGACUCGGGUCUACACUGUGAAACCUGUGUUGCUAAUGGAAAUGUACGGCCGAGAUGCACCAGAAUCAAGCCUCUAAUUCCCACUUCUCAGGUAAAGGAGCUUCCUUUCAACAGAUACUCCUGGUUGACGACUCACAACUCUUUUGCUCGGCUGGGUGAGAAAUCAGCAACUGGGUCUUUGAUUCUUGCUCCUACCAAUCAGCAGGACUCCAUUACCAGUCAGUUAAAUAAUGGUGUAAGAGGUUUGAUGUUGGACAUGUAUGAUUUCCAGAACAAUAUCUGGUUGUGUCACUCUUCGGAAAAAUGCUUCAACUACACAGCUUUCCAACCUGCCAUUAACGUUUUGAAAGAAGUUCAAGCAUUUCUUGAAGCAAACCCAACAGAGAUUAUCACUAUUUUCAUCGAAGACUAUGUUACAUCUCCCAAUGGCUUGACUAAAUUAUUCAAUGCUGCUGGCCUGAGGAAGUACUGGUUUCCAGUUAAUCGAAUGCCCAAAUUUGGUGGAAAUUGGCCAACGAUAAUUGACAUGAUCCAGAGGAACCAGCGUUUAGUUGUGUUUACUUCGAAGUCAGGCAAGGAGGCGGCUGAAGGAAUUGCUUAUCAGUGGAGAUACACAGUCGAAAAUCAAUAUGGGAAUGGCGGGAUGAUUGCUGGGAAAUGUCCAAAUCGUGCAGAAUCACCUGCCAUGAACACAAUAUCGAGGUCUCUAGUGGUAGUAAACUACUUUCCUGACUCACCAGAUAUAGUUCAAGCCUGCAAACACAAUUCAGCUCCAUUGAUGACUAUGAUCAAUACAUGCUACGAAGCAGGGGGUCACCGGUGGCCUAACUUCAUUGCUGUUGAUUUCUACAAGAGGAGUGAUGGUGGGGGAGCUCCAGAAGCAGUUGAUGUAACAAAUGGUCAUCUGAUAUGUGGAUGCGGAAACAUUGCGAAUUGCAAGGCUAAUAUGACUUUUGGAGCUUGUAACCUGCCUGAAGCAGGUGCUAUCCCUGCACCCAAAUCAGCAGAUGAUAGGAGUGUUGCAUCUUGGUAUGGGAGAAAUCUUCAGUGCUGGUGGUUUCUGGGAACAGUUCUUGUUGGACUUCUCUUGCUCCAAUGAAUGUUGGCUUAAAAAAACCAUUACCCAUUUUUAUUCUCUGUAUUUUAGAACAUUAAAUUUUUUUUCCUUGCUAACCUCAAAAGGUAAUUAACAAAUGAAAUUGAUUGAUUUGGUGGGUGCUUGGUGCAUUUACUGGGUUGUCUUCUUGUUGUUUACAUGUAUAU